AUGAUUGAAGAACCUGAAUCCAUUUUGAAAAAACUUAAAAUUAUUGAUUCUGUAAAAGAAGAUAUUGAAAAGUACAUGAUGGAUGAAGAUCUUUCACAACUAGAGAAGAUCAAGAAACAAAUUGAUACAACCUAUGAUUCCUAUGAACGUAAAUAUAUAGAAAAAGAAUAUACUCGGUUGGAUGAAUCAAUCAAAAAGAUCAAAACACGUUUACAUGCUGAGAAAAAGUUAAGAGAAGCAAUUCUCACCAAGCAAACACAUAGAAUAGGUUCAGAUAUCAAAGCAUUUGAACCAUACCUGAAAGGUACACAAAUCUUGCGAGAUGCAAAAAGAAUCAUGGAAGAUCUACUCGAUAAUGGAGAUGCAGAUAUUUCCAAAUAUGUCAAUCAACAAGAAACCACUGUGCAGAACAGUGAAGAUUUAAAUCCGAUCACUCGAAUGAAUGAGACCACAAGUGUCCAAUCAGUGCCAUUAGUAUCAACACCAUCAGUCAUUACCAAAACUGUAUCACACCAAGAUCCUUUGAAAUUACCUCUCGAUCCUAUGAAAGAGACCGAUGUACUUUCAAAAUUACUUCUCGAAGAUGAUGAUUUAAGUGCGAGGGACCCAACAACCUCAAAAAGCUCACUAACGAAUCCAUCAUCAUCCAAUCCAAAGAAUACCUCAAUAGAGUCCUCUCUCAAUUCUAUGGACAAGAAAAAAGACAACCUUUUAGAUUCCAUUCUUGCUGAGGAAUAUGAUGAUGAUUAUGAAGAGCAAACUACUACGACACCCAUCGUGGCAUCUUCUCCUUCAGCCCAAAUUAGUAAUUCUUCAAUCUUUAACAACACAUCAUCCAACAACAAUGAACCUUCAGUGAUGAUCUCGACGACUUUAUCCAAAGCUCAGACACAAAGAACGUCGACGAGCUCACCCACACGAACCAUUCCUAAAACCUCAAGCAAAAUUUCCAUACCAAAACGUAAGACCAAAAAAGCAACAACACCUACAACCACUUCGACCACUAGUAUGAAUGUACAUCCAAACACUUCCAAUAGUAGUAGUAGUAGUAGUAGUGGUAGUGAUAAAUCCAUUGUUUCCACACCACAAUCACCAUUUUCACCUCCUCAGGAGCAAGUGUGA